GUUCCAUUUUGAAGAAGAUAGUCAAUGAAUUAUCAAGCGUACGAUUUUAAAAAUGCUAGGAAGGGCUUGGAAGGAUACGAGGAGCCAUUUGUAUCAUUACUUUUACAAAGCAGAUCGGACCCUUGAAGAAAAUAUUAGACGCCGUCCACCGGGAAUUACUGCGGAUCAUUGGAGAUGGUUCCUCGAUUAUCGCAACAGUGAAGACACAAAGGAGAAGUGUAAGAAAAAUGCUGAGAAUCGAUCGAAGCAGUUAUACACUCAUACUGGCGGAUCGAAAAGCUUGGCAAGGCUCGAAGAAGAAGAGUCAGAACGACUGGGGCGUCCAGUUAGUAGGGGGGAGUUGUUUGUCUUAACACACAAACGACCUAAUGGAUCCUAUCUCCAUGAUGCAGCUCGGGCUAUUGGUGUAAGUAAUGUGUUGAGAAUCGCUAUGUUGUUACUCAUAGGAAAAAAUUGCGGAGAUUGA